AUGACACUUUUGGUUUAUGUUGAUGACAUACUUAUUGCUAUUAAUGAUCCUAAAGAUGUGGAAGAUCUCAAGUUGUUUCUGGAUAAGCAUUUCAAGCCAAAGGAUUUAGGCAAUUUGAAGUAUUUCUUGGGUUUGGAAGUGGCAAGAUCAAGGAAGGGCAUCUCAUUGUGUCAAAGGAAGUAUGCACUUGAAAUUGUUCAUGAUGUUGGGAUGCUUGGAUGUAAACCCGUUAGAACUCCUAUGGAAGUCAAUCUAAAGUUGAGCAAGGAUGAUGGUGAGUUGUUACAUGAUGCUAGGAUGUAUAGAAUGUUAAUAAGUAGACUGUUGUUCUUAACCAUUAGUUGGCUAGAUAUUACAUAUUUUGUGCAUAGGUUAAGUCAAUUUAUGUCUAAGCCUAGAAAGCCUCAUUUGAAAGCAGAAUUUAGGGUCAUUCAAUACAUCAAAGGAACUGCAGGCCAAGGUUUGUUUUUGCCAUCAAACUCUCCAUUGCAUAUAAAGGCUUUUGCAGAUGUAGAUUGGGCAACUUAUUUAGAUUUUAGAAGGUCUAUUACAGGGUUUUGUAUAUUUCUUAGUGAAUCAUUGAUCUCUUGGAAGUCUAAGAAGCAACAUACUGUAUCUAGAUCUACUGCAGAAGCAGGUCAAUGGCUGUGGCUGUAUGUGAGGUGA